AACCCAGAAAAAGAAAAUGGAUGCUAUAGACUCAGUCUUCGACCCCCUCAGAGAAUUCUCUAAGGAUAGAAUCCGCCUCAUUAAGCGCUAUGACAAGCCUGACCACAAAGAGUUUACAAAGGUUGCGUUCCGUACUGCAAUUGGAUUUGUGGUGAUAGGGUUCGUUGAGUUCUUUGUGAAGCUGAUCUUCAUUCCCAUCAACAACAUCAUCAUUAGGUCCGAUUAA